UUUUUUUUUUUUUUUUUUCAAAGUGAGAAUGUCAAAUACAAUGAUUCCUAAAGAUUGGGAUACAGAUGUCAUUGACUAUUGGAAUGCGUCCUUGUCAAGUUACCAAAAACAUCACGAUGUGGAAAACGAGGAAGAACAGAGCUCUGAAUUAGUCACGAGCUCAUUUCUUGACAGUUUACCAGUAAAAGCAAAACAAGAUAUACCUAAACAACCAUCACCAACAAAGGAGCCUGUGCAACAAGAGAGUAGAACAGAAAAAGUGGAAAGUACGCAGGAAGCACAAGUGGGCCUAUGGUCUAAUGUGGAGGAGCCAGUAGAUGAUCCAGAAGAAGAAGUAGAGGAGGAAGUGUAUUAUGAAGAGGAGGAGGAGGAAGUGUACUAUGAAGAGGAGAUCGAUGCCACAGAGGUGCCUUACCAACCUGAUACCACAGAGGAGGAAAGAAGAGAGAGGCCAAUAGAGGAGACAGGAAAGAAAAGACAGAGUAAAAAACCAAGAUACGAACCACCAUUGACUAGCUCCACAGCACCACCAGCACCAGCACCACCGCCACCACCAAUGAUGGGACAAGAUGAAGGCUUAUCCAACUUAAUGAUGGCCUGGUAUUAUGCAGGCUAUUAUACCGGAUUAUAUCAAGCUGGACAGAGGCAAUGAAGAGGGGGGAUAAAAGUGUAGUCAUUUGCGGAUAAAGUUAAAAUAAAAAUAAAAAUAGGAUGUACAUUUUGCGGUAGAAAAAUCACUGGCAAAACCAUUGAUAAUCUGCGUCUCGAUAACCAAGAACCACAUCUUAUCAAAGAGAGAGAGAGAGAGAGGGGGGGUAUGAUAUGAUUCUUACUCCCAAGGGAUAGAAACAUGGCAAUACCAAGGUCAAAAUAAUGAAAACUCAACAGUCUUUUAAUCCUGUAUUUUCUCUAAAUUGCACUAGAGUCAUGUUUUUGGGGUUAUACAUCAUCAUUGGUGAGCUCUUAACUUUUUUUUCACACUUUAAGAGACUAUCAGAGUGAAGGUUAUACUAUUUCGCUGUUCUGAGGGAAGGCCAAAGGGCCC